UGCGUCGACUCGGUAUCGUCCUGUCUGCUGUCGGUAUAUUAUGUGCCUCUACUGAUAUUCCUAGUCGUCCUGGUGGUUCUACUCGCCUUCAAAUGGAAGUUGAAUGCCACUCUUUCGGAUUUGAUCGGCACUACUAUUCCACAUGAGUUGAUCACUAUGCUCAUUGCUUUACUAGUUUCCUAUUUAAUCGAGAUUCCGCCUUCAGUUCUAUUGCCGGUUCAGGCGGAAUCAAUAAUUCCAUCGGUCACGUUGCGUUCUCUUCCGAACGCCUUCGUCGUCGUCGAUGCUUUUGCAAUCUUUUUGUUUAUCAUGACUUCUCAUAUGAGAGCGGUUUGUUCCCGAAAUCAGCUCGCCAUCAAUAAAAAGCAGGAGCUGUUCUGCACAUCUAUCAUCUCACUACUUUCAAGUUCGUUCGGGAUACUCCCUGUGGCGAGUUCCAUGCAUGACAGCCAAAUGGAUUGGGAGUCACGCAAUUAUUCAUUGGUACAUUAA